AUGGCCCCGCGUAGUUCUUCCAGGCUUUCCGCAAUCGCCAGCCAGAUCGAGCACGAAUCACCUAGCAAUAUCCCCGAAAUGGCUUCUUCAGUCCAAGUCCCCGACCAAUUACCCUGGAAUCCGAACAACACGCAGUUCCCCUCAAUCAAGAAUCUACCGAAACUGCCCGGCGCACCGGAGGAUGCUGCUUGGGUCUGGGGAAAAGAUGACGAGUUGGGUCGAUUGAAUCUUUUGACGCCGCAGCGGGUGAAGGCUUCGACUGCCGAGAUUGAGACUGGUGAAAUGGUUCGAUUGGAUCUUCCUCUCACAGUACCUGAAAAGCCUGCUUUUGACCGGGAGGUUUUCCAACAUAAUAUCAAGACGCUGGCCGAAGAUAUAUCCUACGAUGAUACCUACACGAUGAACACGCAGAGUGGCACUCAAUGGGAUGGUUUUAGGCACUUCUCCCACAUUGACAGCAAGCUAUUCUACAACGGGGCCAAAAGCACCGACUUCCUAGGCCCGACAGCAAACCACCGCUGCAGCAUCCACCACUGGGCAAACCACGGCAUAGCCGGCCGAGGAAUCCUCCUAGACUACUACUACUACGCGCAAACCCACAACAAGCCCUAUGACCCCUACACAACCCACAACAUAACCCUAGCCGAUCUCCAAGACUGCGCCAAAUCCCAAGGCCUAGACCUCCGCCCCCAAUCCCAAGGCGGCGACAUCCGCAUCGGCGACAUUCUCCUCAUCCGCUCGGGCUUCGUAGACAGGUACUACCAGCUCAGCUCGGAGGACCGCUAUGCAGCAGCAACACGGUCCCACGACGACCUGUGCUUUGCGGGCGUAGCGCGCGAGCAGGAUCUGCGGGACUGGCUGCAUGAUUGUUAUUUUGCUGCUGUUGCGGGGGAUUCGCCGACGUUCGAGGCGUGGCCGGUUCCCAGCCAUGAUUAUUUGCAUCAGAGCUUGUUGGCGCUUUGGGGUUGCCCCAUUGGCGAGAUGUGGGAUUUGGAGAAGCUGGCUUGGUUGUGUCGUGAGAAGGGGAGGUGGUCGUUUUUCAUUACGAGUGCUCCUGCUAAUAUGCCUGGGGGUGUUGGUUCGCAUGCAAAUGCUACUGCUAUCUUUUGA